UUCUCUCCGUAAAAGAAGUUGAAGUCGAAGAAGUGAAAGAAGAAGAGGAAAAAGAAUUCCAAGGAAACAGUUCAAAGAGUGGAAGAAAGAAAAGUGUAAUACGCAAAAACGAACUUACCAUAAACAUUUUUUUACAUGUUUUUAAGCGAAGUUACUUAUCCCUUCAUAAACCGGUUGUUAAAUGAACAGUAAAACAAUAAAAACAAACAAAAUCAAAGCAACGUUGCACAUUUUCUUGAUUCAGUGCAUAUAAAACUGCAUGCAGAUAAACAGCGUAUAAAAACAGCAAAAAAAAGCAGUCAAACAGAAGAAGAAACAGAAGAUAAAACAAAAAAUGGCCUUUUCCAUUGUUAGCCGCAACAUUUUGCGCACUUCGAGGGAAAUUCUGGAACGAAAUAUGGCCGCAACGGUCGGUGCACUCCAGCAGCAACUGACCGCCGCCUCCCUGCCGCCCUCACCCACACACAGCGAUUGCCAUCGCCUUCUACUCGUAACUGGUGGAAAUGGAGCCCACCCGCUGCUGUGGCAUCAAAUGCCAACAGCCGUGGUCCAGGCCGUGCGCAAAUAUUCAAAGAAAUCCGCCGGAGCGGCUCGUCUACGCCGCGAGGAGGAGAGCGACAGCGAUGCAGACUCGGAUGAUGAGUUUGAGCAGCGCCGCCAGAAGACAAGCUCCAAGAGAAGCGAGCGGGGUGAUUCGGCCUUCUGGCGCCGCAAAAUGCGCACUCUACAUCGCAUCAUGGACGUGAACCAUGACGGCGUCAUCUCGUUCGAUGAUUUCAGUUUGCUGGCCAAACGAUUCAACGAUCUGGGACACCUGACGCCCGAGGUGGCUGCCGAAUUCAACGACGUGAUCAAGCAGACCUGGGAGGAGCAGUUCGGGGAGAUAACCCCAUACAAUCUGGUGACUGCUGAACAGUUUCUGGCCGAUUUGCAUCAUCGUCUCAACGACAAGAAGAUGGCCAAGCGCAUUGGACGCUUUCUGCCCUACUUGUUUAAGGCUGUGGACUUUGAUCACACUGGCCAUCUGGAUCUCGAACAAUACAAGCUCUUCUUCCGCUGUCUGGGACUGACCGAAGACGAUGCUGCCGUUUCCUUUGCUGUGAUAGACAAGAACGGCGAUGGCCAAUUGUCGCUCAAGGAGUUUGUGCACUUGGGCCGUCAGUUCUUCCUAACCGAGGACGAUACAAAGAUAUCGAAGAUGUUCUGGGGACCGCUGGUUGCUGAUCAUUGA